UAAUCAUUGAAGUACUCAAAAGAAAAGAAAACGAGAAACCAAAAAAAAACAUAAAGCAAAAAGAUAUGGGUGCAAAAUGGAAUUCGAUAAAUGCAAUAGUGUUUGUGGUGAUUAUGGUAAUGGCAAUGGUGAAUGUAAAUGGGGAGACAUUGGCUCAAUGCCAUGAAGAUUGCAUUCAAGGUUGUGCCACCACCGGUGCACUUCCCUCCAAAUGCCUGCAAAAUUGUUACCGUGGUUGUCACGGCCGAUCGUUAAGGUGGAAGCGCAGGCAUAUAACAGAAGAGAUGAUGAAUUAAGACUUGAAGUUAUGACUCAAUGUUGGACGACUCUUGUAACGUUUACUUCUACUUCUAAUAUCCUUAUAAUAAUAUCAAUUGUGUAAACAGUAUUAUAAUAAAGUAUCAAAUCUGUCUUCACGUUACAAA